AUGCUGCCCAUCACAAUUCUCAUCGUUGUAGACUCCGGUCCUGACCCGGUCGCAGAUGGAGGCUUCACUUGGGGCCCUUCGCCUGACGAUACACUCUUCACGCUCCACAAUCUGGUGCUCACUCUGCAAUCAGAGAAUAUGAUCUUGGUCCAUACUGCGCAUCGCUCAGGAGACUCGAAUGCAACCUUCAAGGCCCCCUUCAAUUUCUCUACCACCCUGACAGAUCUGAAUGCUUACGACGAAAUUUGGUUGUUUGGCUACGCUGGUACCAAUGGCGGUGGACCUAGCAUCUCCGACGAUGAGGUGAGGGCAAUUGCAGUAUUCAUGGAAAGAGGCGGCGGAGUACUGGCUACCGGUGACCAUGCCGGGCUAGGCUCACUGAUGUGUGGAAAGAUCCCACGUGUCCGAUCCAUGCGCAAAUGGUACGGCGCCGGAGAACCAGAUAUCCCAGCUGGAGCCCCUGCAAACUGGCCCGGUUCUACAGGAGAUCGAGCCGAUACUUUGGUCCAAGGCAGAGACGGACAAUGGGACUUCGAUAAUCAGUCCGACGAUUUGCCACAAGUGCUGUCCUUUCCCAACGGGGUCGCGCAUCCAAUCUUGUCGGGACCAGCUGGGCCUAUAAACCAAUUUCCAGAUCACAUGCAUGAGGGAGAGGUCCUUGGGUUCAACGGUGUAAGCGGACCAGGCCUUCGGACACCAUGGAAGCUCGAUGACGCGCUCACGUUCAGUGGUCAGACGUUCGUGGAGUAUCCCAUCAUCAACGGGCACCAAGAAUUGCCGUUGGUCAUUGCCACGGGCCAGGUGCAGGGAGGUCACCCUACUUUCGUGGAGAACACUGGCCGGCCCUGUGAAUCACAGUUCUUCAACGACCCCUCUCUCACUACUGAAAAGCAGAUCAACAUACUGGCAGUCUAUGAUGGUCACGUCGCUGGUGUCGGCCGAAUCAUUACGGACUCGUCUUUUCAUCAUUACCUGGACCUCAACACCACUGGGGACCCCUGCAGCACCGGUGCUAAGGUCGUCGGUUUCAACACAUCGGAGGGGGCAUCGGUCCUCGAAGCACUGCAGUCCUAUUGGGUGAAUGCCGCUCAAUGGUUGGCAGGUCCGCAAUUCAGCUCAAUCACUGGCAGUUCUCCCGAUGGGAAUAUACCUACUGCCUUCUUCACUCAUGGAGGAGAUCCCCUCCAGCAUGCCGUGUCAGUACCCACAACGACCAAUCCAUCAGGACCGAGAUCCUGGACAAUCAUAAAUGGCCUGCCCGGACGAAACGUUCAGAGAGGUAGUGGCCUCACAUCUUGUGGAAUUAGUGACACGGAUACUCGAGUAUACUACACCGACACCACUUCACGCGUCAACCAAACCAUCUGGAAUGGCACAUUGGGCAGCUCGAGCGCAUAUGAAAGCAUGGUCUUGCCAUCUCUCGAGGUUCGGUCUGGAAGCUCUAUCAUCAGCAUCAAGAAAACGCACGAGGUGGGAGUGUAUUAUAUCGAUAGCGUCAAUCGCAUCAACGAACUGUCUGCUUCCACCACGUCAAAAACAGCGGCGUGGUCGAACAACGUCCUCCCCUCCCACCCAGUGCGCAGCGACAGUCCAUUGACCGGCCUCACUCUCUCCAACGGCGACCAGCGCAUCUACUACAUCGACUCGCAGAACCUUGUCAAUGAGCUGGCAUGGGUCGGAAGGUGGGUUAACACGGUCCUGCCAUCUGACGCAUCUCCCGGUCAUCCCGCUGCGCCCUACAGUGGUGUGACGUGCUUCGCACUGAACGGGAGCGAUUCAAGAGUCUAUUACUCUGGCGAAUUCAACCGACUCAGCGCAAUGAACUGGAUGGGCGACCACUGGGAGAAUGCCGAACUGUUCCUUCCAGGACCCGCCGGGCCGAUCACCGUCCCACAGGGCGGCGCCAUGGCCAGCUUUCAGGAGGGCAACGAUGCACAUGUCAUUUUCAUUGAGGUCGCCAAUACGGAAAAUACGACUUUCACCAACUUGGUUGAAGUGCAACCGUCAUCUCAGGUCGCUGGAAGCUGGCAGAUGGGUGGCGUGGUCGAUCAACAAGCAAGACAGCCGAGCAGCAUGUGUCUCGUGAAGGUCUCCUCGGGGAUCAAGCUCUUCUUUGUGGGACAGGAUGCGAAGAUGUAUGUCGCAACUAAAGUCGGGUCUACUUGGGCUACCGAGGUGCUGUAG